ACAGGCUCCUCUGUGAUUUUCGCCAGCCAGUCUUUACUACUUGGGCUUCUGAAGCAGCCAUGGCAGCAGUCCCUGAACUCGGUGAUGGAUUGAAUUACUACAGUAACAAUGACAAUGCCCUAUUCUUUGAGACGGAUGGGCCCAUGCAGAUGAAGAGCUACUUCCAAGACUUGGACCUCUGCUCUCCAGGAGAUAAGGGCAUCCAACUUCAGGUCUCCCAGAAACACUACAACAAGCACUUCAAGCAAGCUGUAACGGUCAUUGUGGCAGUGGAGAAGCUGAGGACAAUCCUGGAGCCCUGCUCCCCAGGCUUCCUGGACACCUUCUUUUCCCUCCUCUUUGAAGAAGAACCCGUCCACCUGUGCGACGAUUAUGAGUGUGAUGCCGCUGUCCUAGCCCUCACCUGCACCCUCCGGGACAUCACCCAAAAAUCGCUGGUGCUGUCCAGUCCACAUGAACUGCAGGCUGUUCACCUCAACGGCUCAAACUUAAGCCAACAAGUGGUGUUCUCCAUGGUCUUUGUACAAGGAGAAGUAAGUCAAGAGAAGAUGCCGGUGGCCUUGGGUCUCAAGGGAAAGAAUCUGUACCUGUCCUGUGUGAUGAGCAACGGGAAGCCCACGCUGCAGCUGGAGACAGUAGACCCCAAAUCUUACCCCAGAAAGAGGAUGGAAUUGCGAUUUGUCUUCAACAAGCUACAGGUCAAGGACAAGUUGGAAUUUGAGUCAGCCGCACACCCCAACUGGUACAUCAGCACCUCCCAAAUGGACCAACAGCCGGUCUUCCUGGGAAAUACCAGAGGCGGCCAGGAUAUAACAGACUUCACCAUAGAGGAAAGCUCACCCUAAGACCACAUGUGCUAGUAACCCCUCAGGGUAGCCGAAGGGAGUAGGAAGGAUUUGGAGCCUGGACUUCACUGCAGUCCAGAGUGAUGCCAUUUGCCUUCUGAAUAGCGGUGCUAAGGGCCUCUCCGGUCUACCCUCUAGGGAUUCUAGGAGCUGUCUGAGCGGUCCUAGUGCCCACGGCCCAAGUCUGUGAUGACAAGCAGCUCUUCCCUUCAGGACCAAUCCCAGAUCCCCUUUGCUAAGCAGGCUUUACACACACACACCCCAUCCCAUUGCUCAAAGCCAGCUAAAUAGAAGUCCUUGCAUAUUUGUCCUUUGUACCUAGCUUUUGGUAAGCAACUGCUGGACUACUUAUUUAUUUAUUUAAUGGUAGGCUAAUCUACUUAAUUUAACUCAAGUAGGGCAAGUCUCUGAAUCACUCAUGCUCAACAGCUGUGGUACCCAUUUCAUUUGAACCGGUGGACUGUCUUUAUAUAAAGUUUUUUUUCACCAAGGCUGAGAUUAUAAACUUAGGUUUUUAAAUGGGAAUAUUUAUAAAUGUAAAUAUAAUUGUACUGCUUUAUGGGUUCUGAAAUAAAUUUCAUUAAAAAUAAAUUUUUGCUGUG